CUCUCUCAAGUAUCAAGUAUCAACCGCACAAAUGGACCAGGUUGAGCCAUGCUCUGUCUUUCUCUCCUCCUCUCUUCUUCGUCUUCUUCCUCUGGUUUCCUUCUCUCGAAAACCCUAACUCUAACAAAAAGAACAAUCAUUUCUUCUCUAACCACGAUGUCCAUAAGCCUUAAUUCCCAUGCAUUUGCUGGCAAUCCUUUAAGAUCCAAAACCCCUAAAACCCAUGAUCCAUUUUCCCCUUCUUCAGCUUUUGAAUCCCUGAAAACCCGUCUCCUCCAUAACCCAGAAAACCAUCCUCCUUCAGAGUCUCCUCUUUUCAAGGUCUUGCCUUUCAGAAAGGGCAGACCUUUGGCUUCUUCCUUUGUUACUGGGGAUGAUGUUGUGCCUAGUUGGCAUCUGGGGUGGAUCAGUUUGGCUGAUUGUGAACGUAUUUUGGAAAAGUAUGGGCUCCAGCAGAGGGAGGAGUCUUUUGUUUAUUUGGGUUCAAGGGCUGAGGAAGAUGUUGUUUAUUGGGCUAUUGAUGUUUCUGAGGAAGGUGGGUUGGUUCCUGAAUUGGGUAGCAGGCAGUUUUGUUUUGUGGAGCUUAGGACACUAAUGGUGGCUACUGAUUGGGCUGAUUCUUUGGCUAUGGGUGAAUUGGCUGUUGCGGGUCAUGCGCGGGCAUUGCUUGAAUGGCAUAAUUUAUCGCGAUUUUGUGGACAUUGUGGAGAGAAAACAGUCCCCAUGGAAGCUGGGAGAAGGAAACAAUGCUCCAAUGAAUUAUGCAAAAUAAGGGUUUACCCUCGUAUUGAUCCAGUUGUCAUUAUGUUGGUGAUUGAUAGAGAAAAUGAUCGUGCCCUUUUAAGUAGACAGUCCAGAUUUGUACCUCGAAUGUGGAGUUGCUUAGCUGGAUUCAUAGAGCCAGGGGAAAGCUUAGAAGAGGCAGUGAGGAGAGAAACAUAUGAAGAGACUGGUAUUGAAGUUGGAGAAGUUGUCUAUCAUAGUUCUCAGCCGUGGCCUGUUGGUCCAAGUAGCAUACCGUGCCAAUUGAUGGUCGGGUUUUUUGCAUAUGCAAACUCUGUUGAAAUAGAUGUGGAUAAGGAAGAAUUAGAAGAUGCUCAGUGGCACAGUAGAGAAGAUGUAAGGAAAGCAUUGACAUUUGCUGAGUACAAGAAGGCACAAAGAACAGCUGCGACUAAAGUAGAUCAAAUUUGCAAGGGAGUUGAGAGAGGACAGAGUUUGUCAGCAGAUUUUAAUGUGGAAAGUGGGGAACUUGCUCCAAUGUUUAUUCCUGGGCCAUUCGCAAUUGCCCAUCACCUCAUUUCUACAUGGGCUAAUCAAGAUCCAUCGACUAGUGCUGCAACUCUACUGAAACAACCCAGCAGUUCCAUUUCAAAUUUGUAGCAUUCUCAUUCUCUUCCAAAGACUAAAGACUGCAGGCUGCAGCAGAUGCUUUGUGCUUGUUCCAAUGUGUUCGUCCUCAUUUUAAGGAAAAGUUUGUCCUUUUCUUCUUUUUAAGGAUUCUUUGAAAUACUAGAAAUUCUGCUAUCUUAUAUUAGAAAAAUAGCAAUAAUCAUUUUGAAAUGAAUGAAAGCAGUUCCCCUUUUCAGUUUUGGACAGUGCUUUCUGUAAAGUUUGCCGAUUUGUCUGUGUAACCAACAUUAACUUAAGAUUCAAUGUUCAAUGCAGAUUCAUUUGCUGUCAA